AUGCCUUUCACCGCCAGCGAUAUCUGCAAGAUCAUCCUUGCCAUCGUUCUUCCUCCUCUCGGUGUCUUCCUUGAGAGAGGUUGCAAUGCCGACUUCUUCAUCAACAUCCUGUUGACCAUUCUGGGUUACAUUCCCGGUAUCAUCCAUGCUCUGUACAUCAUUCUCAAGUACUAA